AUGCUACACAGGAAGGCACCGACUCAGCACGUAGAUAGGGCAACCCGGUGCCGUGAUUGGCAAGUCCCGUCAAUAUUUGAUUUCGUGGUAACUAAGGCACCCAACGACGUUCUAAGUUUGGGAAUACAAGAACCCAUCGGGAAAAGCGACUAUGGUGUACUGCGAGUAUUGAUGAGUGCAAUGGGACAAAGUGCGCCAGAUAAAUACCGCGGGACCUUCUGGUCCAUCGAUCAGGCCGCACUGAUUGAAUCGGGUCGUCAGUGCAGCUGGAUGGUAGAAGAAGAAGAGCAAUAUGAUGAGCGACAGUGGUGUCGAAUUAAGAACAACAUAUCGGCACUCACAGACCAAGCUGCACCACUCAAGGUCAGACACUGGGGUGUUCCACCAUGGUGCAGUAGCAAGCUGAGAAAAACUAGCCAGAGGAAACAGGCUUGGCGGCGAUAUCGGCGCACCGAAACACAUCGUGACUUCCCGCGCUAUGGAGUGGCAAGGAGAACAGCGCCCAGGGUGCAAAACGAAUGUCGGCGCAGGUAUGAGGAGUGGUUGGCUCUGCAUGCGAAAAGCAAUCCCAAAGCCUACUUCAAUUACGUGUAG